AUGGUUAUCCGCACCGCCAGCAGGAGUGAAAACAUAGUACCAGGCUUUGUCGUCCAGUCUUGGCGAUUCCAGAAUCUACAUGAGCGUGCGUUCUUUGCCGAUGCGAGCGUCAACUGGCAUUGUGUGGCCAAUCCUUUCUUCAAUGGUGAACAUGCUUCCAUGGCUAUGAUCACAGCUAAAGUAAUCCGCGACGACGAGACAGCAGUCAGGAUAGCCAGCCAACCAAGGGAGCAGCGUGAGGAGGCGGAGCAGGAUCUGCGCGCUCUAGUAGCAACGGAAGUACAGCAGCUUAUGUUGCGUGGUAACAUCAGAUUGGACUUCACAGUUGGUAUGCUGCAACCUGGAGAUGAUGGGCCUAUCUGGAUCGAUACUAUGGCUGUUAUUCAAGCUGGCUCUGAGGGGCCCCAGCGUCGGUACUUUAAAUACGAUAUUGGAACUGUAGACGCACACACCGCAUGA